AUGCUUGAAGACAAGGAAGAGUCGCCCGCACCAGAGAUCAUCAACCCGAGAGCUUACCAAAGAGAGAUGUUGGAACAAAGUCUGGAGCGGAAUGUCAUUGUCGCUAUGGACACGGGAAGUGGAAAGACUCAGGUAGCCGUUCUUCGCAUUCAAGUUGAACUAGAGAAAUCCUCGCCAGACAAGAUCAUCUGGUUCCUCGGAAAAACCGUCAGCCUCUGCGAGCAACAAUUCAAAGUCAUCCAGAGACAGAACCCGUCAGUGUCCAUGAAGAUAUUGACUGGGCAGCUCAACAUCGACGCCUGGUCACCGGAAGUUUGGCCCAAGAUUCUCAAUGGUACUCGCAUUGUCGUGUCGACCUUUGAAAUUCUUCACGACGCCCUUACUCAUGGCUUUGUGAAGAUGAGUAUGCUCUCGCUUAUCGUCUUUGACGAAGUUCACAACUGCGUCAAGAGAAGUUCCGGACGAAAGAUUAUGCUGAACUUCUAUCACGAAGACAAGAAUGCCGGGUUACCCGUCCCUGCUAUCCUGGGACUGACUGCCAGUCCUGUCAUAUCAUCUGAUCUUGCCAGCAUCGAGACACUCGAGAACACAAUGGAUGCGAUCUGCACCACGCCGACAGUGCAUCGGGAAGAACUGCUCCAAUGCGUCAACAAACCACAUCUGGUUCGCUCGGUAUACGAGUAUAAGAAACGUUCCGAAUUGACGAACCUGAUGCGGGCACUACACACGGCAUACCAGAAUAUGGAUAUCACAACCGACCCUGAAGUGCUCAGGUUUAGCCGCUGCAGAAAUGAGGAGAACCUGAAGAGACUCCGAGAUGCCAUUAUGAGGAACGAUACGUUCUCUCAGAACCAGAUGAAAGGCCUUUGGAAUAGGAGUAGGGUCAUUCUCGAAGAGCUUGGUAGCUGGGCGGCUGAUCGAUACGUCUCGAGAUUGAUCGCCGACUUUCUCUCUCGGGUCGACGCACCUGACGAUACCUGGUCCAACGAGAACAGAACAUACCUUGCGGGAUACCUGCGUGGGGUUCCGAUCAGUUCUCUUGGGAACGAACCGCCAACGGCGACAGAUCUCUCGCACAAGGCUGCAAAGCUGAUCCAUGAACUCCUGGCAGCCGGGGACGACGUCGUGGGAAUAAUCUUUGUCAAGGAGAGGACCACGGCCAAUGUGCUGUGCGACCUCCUGAACAGCUCCCCACCCGUCCGGGCCCGGUAUCGCGUAGGCGCAAUGGUCGGCACCUCGAGUUCUAGAAGUCGGACACAGAACAUGUACGAGUUCAACAAUGGCACUAGUACUCAGAUCCUCGAGGAUUUUCGUUCUGGAGUAGUCAACCUCCUUGUAGCCACCAGCGUCCUAGAGGAAGGCAUCGAUGUUCCUGCCUGUAACCUAGUGGCGUGCUUCGACGAGACGACAACACUCAAGUCCUUCAUCCAGCGUCGUGGCAGAGCUCGCAUGCAAGAGUCAAAGAUGAUUGCAAUGGAAAGCUCUCUAACGAGCUCCCGCACCUGGGAAGAACUUGAAGAGGGCAUGAAGAGACGGUAUCAAGACGACCAAAGAGAACUUGAGCGACUGGAUGAACUGGCAAGGUCUGAACAGACAGACUCGAUUUACUACAUCAUCAAGUCUUCUGGCGCGCGACUGGAUCUUGACAAUGCUAGACAGCAUUUGGAACAUUUCUGUCAAGUUGUGUUCAAGGCAGACUACGUCGACCGGCGACCAGAGUACAUCUUCCAGAAAGAGCAGAACGAACUCGGUGAGGACAUGCUACGAGCAGUACUCACACUGCCAUCCGGCUUACCGGCCAAUCUGCGCAAAUUCAGGAGUUCCUCCUCAUGGAAAUCGGAGAAGAACGCCAUGAAAGAUGCCGCGUUCCGAGCCUAUGUGGCCUUGAUUGAGGAAGGACUCGUCAGUGAGAACCUGCUGCCCGUCAACUUUAACCCCGGCGCUAAGGAAGAAGACCCGGAGCCGCUUCCCGAGCCCCUAUUCAACCCUUGGAUCCAUGUGGCACAGAACUGGAAGAAGACCGAAGACAAGUGGUUGUACGGGUUUGAGUUCUGGGAUGAGGGGCUUGACUAUCCCGUCCGUUUCGACAUUGUCCUCCCCGCCGAGCUACCACAGCUUCGGGAUAUUGGACUGUUUCUUGAUGCCAACUACCGCUGGACCGUCAAACAUGUCUCGACAAAGAAGAUUUCUCACGACGAGAACUCUAGUCUACCUGACCACACUUCGACACUGCUCGCGUUUCAAUUUGGACAUCGAUGGUUGGUGGAAGACCGCGAGCAUGUAGUCAAGGUCAUCUAUGAGGACAGAGACAUCUCCAGGAAGCACAUUGGAGGUAUGCCUUUCCUAGGGAAUGAGGAUAAGGCAGCUAGCGGGCUAGCUCUCGUUCGAGAUAACUCGAUAUGCCCCUUCUACUACAUCAAGACCAUCCCAUCGAAACCUUCACCAGAGGAAGUCCAACAUCCGUUCUACGAAUAUGAGCUGGCGCCGCAGGACGAACCCUACCUCGUCGUUGAAAAGUGGACGCGACGGGCAGACCUGCUUCAUCCUCCCAACAAUCCUAACCAGGAGCAAAAAGUCAACACCAAGCCAUACGGCCGUGUGCUCCCCAUUUCAUACACGACUGUCGAUAUGGUUCCGAAGAGAGUUGUCAAGGUGGGAAUGCUGAUACCUUCGAUCAUCCAUGAGAUUGGGGUUCAACUCGUUGCUUCAGAGCUAUCAACUACCUUGCUGCAGCCCGUGAACAUCAAUGACUUGCAGUUGGUGCUUGAGGCGAUUAGCUCCCGAAGUGCGCAUGAACCUGUGGAUUACGAGCGACUCGAGUUUCUGGGAGACUCGAUUCUCAAGUACUGCACAGUUAUUCAGGCUUAUGCAGAGCACCCUCUCUGGCCCGAAGGUCUGCUCGUGCCCUUCAAGGAUCAGUUGGUUUCCAACAAACGACUUCACCGUGCUUGUCUGGAAAGCGGCCUUUCCAAAUUCAUCCUCUCUAAGGCAUUCACUGGAAGAUCAUACAGCGGUAAAAAGUGGAAGCCUCUUUAUCUCGACGACUUUCUUCCGGAAGAGAGUGUUGAGCCUCUUGAUCGUAUCACAGGACACAAGAAUCUUGCCGACGUGGUAGAGGCACUUAUUGGGGCCUCUUUCCAGGACGGAGGCAUGGACAAGGCCUUGAAAUGCAUUUCAGUCUUUUUGGGCGACAAGUGUCACUGGCAUGAAGCUGGUAGAGGGAGGGAUAUUCUCUUUAACUCGGCUCUUGAUGGUGUACCUCUUCCGCCUACCCUUGAACCUCUUGAGGAGUUGAUUGGAUACUCUUUUCGCAAGAAGUCGUUAUUGAUUGAGGCGGUAACUCAUGGAUCGUAUGCGGGCGAUACUCACCAGCGAUCCUAUGAACAACUCGAAUUCCUCGGCGACGCGGUCCUCGACUACAUCAUCGUCACCAAGGUGUUCAACGUCAAACCGCCCCUCCCUCAUUCAGACCUCCACCUCAUUAAGACGGCAAUGGUCAAUGGAGAGUUUCUUGCUUUCGUCAACUUGGAGCAUCGACUGCGUCGGGUAGAGACCGACGUCAACGCUGACGGAGUUACGGAAGACACCAUCAAGACCUUGGCUCUGUGGCAGUUCAUGCGCUACACUUCACCAGCAAUCGGUAACGAGCAGGUUAGAACCGUGGAACGUUUCGAGACGCUGCGAAGGGAAAUCGUCGAUGCCAUCGAGAACGGCACGCACUAUCCGUGGACGUUGCUGGCUCGCUUUCAGCCCAAGAAGUUCUACUCGGAUCUUUUCGAGGCACUCAUCGGUGCGGUUUGGGUUGACUCAGGGUCUACCGAGGUUUGUGAGGGUGUCUUCCAUCGAUUUGGCAUCCUGCCUUACCUGGAACGCAUCAUCCGUGACAAGGUGCAUAUCAAGCACCCCAAGGAAGAGCUUAGCGCUUUGGCUGUGGAAAAGAAAGUCGAAUACAACUACACGGUGCUCGAUGGAGUGCAACCCGAGUAUGUGUGCCGGCUCAAGGUCGGGGACCGACUGAUGGCGGACGUGAGAGGGGGAUUGAACAAAGAGGAGAUCAUGACCAGGGCUGCUGAGCAGGCCGUGAAGGUUAUGAAUGAGGAGAAGAGAGCUGCGGAACUUGGGGCGGAGCCAAUGGAUAUGGAGUAG